AUGCCAGUGGAAGCACUAGCCGUUGCUAAUGCAAACCUGCCCAUCGCCCGCUUGAUAUCCAUUCCAGAGCUUUUCGCUUUCAUUGUACAUUGCGCGCUGGACGUCUAUCCUCCUCUGGUUCAGCAGAGACUCGGCGCCGCAGUGGUGGUCUCGCAUGUCAGUUACGCAUGUCGACUUCUUUGCCUCAGCACACCGACACUCUGGGCUCGGCAGAUCGGAAAGUUGCCGACUGCUACCAGAGAGUUCCUUGCACGCUCGAGCAAAGCCGAACUCGAUAUCCACUGGGCCUCCUGGAAUCCGUCGCUCGCCUCGCUUGGGCCUUCCUCCAUUCCUUCCAUUCAGCCCUCUUGCGUAAGAAGCCUCCGUUGGGGAGGGUCCUCCGGUGAGCCUCCAGAGACACAUGGAAAUGCGGCGAUUUUGCACGGCAUCCUCUCGGGUGCCUUGCCGAAUCUCCGUUCGCUCGACUUCUACGGCAUAUACUGGAGGCGGGACUUUGCACCGAGACAACUGGAUAUUCUUGAUGUCCCGCAGCUCGCGCUCCUACGCUUGUAUUCUGUCUCUCUUGGACAGACUCUAUUGCGCUUUAAUGCGCCCGCAUUGAAAUCGCUGUCAAUUCGCCAAACUCCACUAUCCUUAUCGAGUGUGGUGAACAUAUUGCAGCUAGCACCUUUACUGGAGACAUUGGACCUGGAUCUAGGUGUUAUCGAAAUCGACAUCGGGCGACACCAGAUAUCGCCUCUCACUAUCACACUUCCUCACCUUCACGAUGUCUACAUAUACACUGCUCCCCGAUUCAAAGCCGCGGAGCUUUGCGAACAGCUCUUGAACAUGCUCGUCAUGCAAACCAGAAGCUUAAAAAUCCAGACAGAAACACAGUGGACGGAUAGUCUACUGACGAUUGGUCUUCGCCAUGCACUAGCGCGCGGGAUACCAGCUUGUCUCUACAUUAAGCCCCCUCUUCAAUUCUAUGCCCUCGAAGAUGAUAUACCCUUCGAGAAGGCCCCGGACUUCGAUUGCCAGGACGUGCUCGCAUCACUGAGUUCGAAAUCACAGCAAACGAUCGAGCACCUACAUUGGGUCUGGUCUGCGCUUCCGCGCGUAGCAACACCAACGGAUGGCGCAUUUUCCUAUAUCGUGACACUAGUGCUGCAUACCUGCUAUGCUGCGGCCGUAUCGGAUGUGGAUACGCGCUCGCUCUUCUGUGCGCUUCCCCAGAUCGAGACGUUUUGGGUUAUCGAUCAAAACGUUCGUAUGGGAUAUCGGCGAGAAAGCACCCUCGUGUACGACUGCUUCAUCGACGCCCUGAUGCCGGGUUCAACCACCAGUGCGCUUGAGCAAACACCAUUCACGCGCCUUCGCUAUCUCGGACUCGGGUUAUCAACGAACGAGCCCGCUCAGCUUUUGACGUCAAUCCAUCGUGUUUUGGUCUGA